AUGUCGAAGCCACACGCCUUCCUUGCUCUUCCUCUUCUUCUUCUUCUUCUUCUUUUUUCUUUUUCAUCCUCUAACUCUCUUGCCCUAGAAGAUGACGAUAUCCAUGCAAGGAACGCCAGCCUCGUCUCGGCGGAAACCGCAUGCAACUCCACUCCCGACCCCGCCUUCUGCUUAUCCACGCUGCCUGACGCUAAUGCCACCAGCGACGUCCGCCACUUCGGCCGCUACUUCAUGCAGAGAUCUUUCUCCCGAGCUUGCAGGUUUCUCUCCCUGGUCGAUGAGCAUCUCUUGAGAGUGCGGGCACACCUGACAGCCCCGGAGGCCCGUGCCCUCGAGGAUUGCCGCCAUGUUGCGGUGCUGAACGUGGAGUUCCUUCUCAAAUCUUCCAAACUGGUCGAUGACAAGGCCAGAGAGCUCCCAGCCAAAGAAGUGGAUGAUGUUCGGACCCUGCUCAGUGCCGUCCUGACCAAUCAGGAGACCUGCUCGGAUGGUCUCCAGUGGGCGGUGGCCAGCUCGAGGAUCAAGGGCGGUCUGCCUGUUCGCCUUUCAGAGGACACCAAGUUGCACAGUGCUUCCUUGGCGCUGUUCAACAAAGGUUGGUCCUCGAGGAAGGGCGAAGCGGCCACGCGAUACUCUGAGAGCACACUAAUGCCUCUUAGACUCAGCCAGGUCUCAGUGAACAUGUCAAGCCUAACGCGUGCUUUUUAUGCAUCUCUAAGCAAGAAGCAUAUUUUUGCUGCGGGUCAACAUAAUACAGUGCUGAUCCGCGACAUAGUGGUGGUGAAAAAGGACGGAAGCGGGAACUUCACCAGCAUAAACGAGGCCGUCAGGGCAGCUCCGAAUAACGUUGAUGGAUCCAAUGGCUACUUCUUGAUCUACAUAACUGCAGGCAUCUAUCACGAGUACGUUUAUGUCAACUCGAACAAGAAGAACCUCAUGAUGGUCGGAAACGGCAUCAAUCGAACUGUGAUCACUGGAGAUCGCAACGCCCAUGACGGAUGGAGUAUCUUAAGCAGUCCAACAUUUACCGUGGAGGCACCCCACUUUAUUGCAAUGGACAUGACCUUCCGGAACACAGCAGGGCCAGAGAAGGGACAGGCCGUAGCUGUCCGGAACAGUGGUGACCGGUCCACAUUCUACCGGUGCAGCUUCGAGGGGUACCAAGACACUCUCUUUACGCACUUCUUCAGGCAAUCCUAUAGAGAGUGCGACAUCUACGGCACGGUUGACUUCAUCUUUGGAGAUGCAACCGCGGUGUUUGAGAAGUGCAAUGUAUACCCUCGCCGCCCCCAAAAAGGCCAGUACAAUGCCAUAACCGCUCAAGCGAGGUCCAAUGGGGACGAGGAAACGGGCAUCUACUUCCGAAAUUGCACCAUCAGAGCUGCCGAUGACCUGGCCAAGAGCAAUUACUAUGUGGAGACAUAUCUAGGGCGGCCGUGGAAGGACUACUCGAGGACGGUUUACAUGCAUACGUUCAUGGACAGUCUGAUUCACCCUGCGGGUUGGCACGAUUGGAAUGGGACUGAUUUUGCGCUGAGCACACUCUACUAUGCAGAACACAAUAAUACCGGACCUGGCUCCAACACCACGAACCGAGUUAAUUGGCCUGGAUACCAUGUGAUUAGCUCGGACAAGGAACCGGAUUUUGGCGGAUCAAACUUCUUCCCUGGAUGA